AAAUGCUCUGAAAGGGUGCGUCGAGCUUUUGUUCCCUUCUGUCCAGGUUUCUUCACCUUUCCCGUCUUUUUGUUUCGCUACCUCUCAAUCCCCAACCUCUCUUCAACCCGUGUGCGUCUCCUUAGCGCAUUAGAACAACUACUUCAGAAGACAGCCUUCCAACGUCAGUCCUCAUGUCAAGUAACGGAUCGAGUCCUCAAUCAACUCCGGACGAGACCGACUGCCUCAUCUGCGGGUCCGGGAAGUCCUUUAUUAAGAACCAGAUCCUCUUUUGUGAUGGUCCGGGAUGCGACAUACCCGUACAUCAGAACUGCUACGGCGUUGCUGUGGUCCCAGAGGGUAACUGGUACUGUCAACGGUGUGAGGAUCGGAUACCAGUCAGCAACACGCCCUGCUGCUGCUGUCCUCAAAGAACUGGUGCCUUCAAACGUACAACGGUGCCCAAUCAGUACAUUCACGUCGCAUGUGCGCGCUUUCACCCCUCCCUGGACGAGACAUUCGACCCUAUCGCCUUCAGUCCCUGGCUGGCCAACAAGCAGACCUGCUCCAUCUGCAAAUCUGACUACGGUCUCUGUUCUGAAUGCAGCGUCGAAAGCUGCACCAGGGCCAUGCAUGUCACUUGCGCACAAAAGGAGGGCCUGGUAACGAAAGGCAAGGGCUCGCAGCUCUUUUGCGACCUCCACAAGGAUAUUGGUGCACUAAGUAGAAUCAUGAAGCGACAAGGUACAAAGGACAGUCAGUCUGCAACACCACCAUCUUCAGGAAGCACAUUUCGUAGAUCAACAAAACGUAGCAAAUCGUACCGGGAAUCAUCAUCAGAUGACGAGGACGAGGACGAGGAGGACGAAUAUGCCUCAGAAUCGGACGAAGAGGUCGUGGAUCUAGUAGCGGAUGAUGAAUCCCAGGAAAGACGCCGGCGGACAAAGUCUGCUCCGUCAUCUAGCGCCUCUUCGACCUCUGGCUCGAAGGGUCACUCCAGAACAAAGAGAUCCCUUGAUGCUACCGAUCGCCGGACAAAGGAGCGGAGUUCUGACUCAGAAGAGAUUGAUGUGGAUGACACUGAAGCGGUCCUGGGCAGCUCCUUGGGUAACAAUGGCACAUCAUCAGCUCACCGGAAAAAAAUCAGGGCCGUCGAGACGGUAGCAGAGUCACAGCGGCGGCGUCUCCUCAUGACCCUUGACAAGAACAAAAAGAAGCAGGGCGUCACCCCAUUCAGCGGCGUUACCAACCUCAGUAGCGUGCCCAUUCGUACUCUGGGCGGCGUCGGUCUCACAGGACCGAGCUCGAUUCUUGGAGGCGGGUCUAGUGGCGAAGCCAGACAAAAGCUGCCAGGUGUCAGUCGCUAUGGAUACAAUAGCAGCAACAAUGACCUUCCAUCGUCAAAUCCCUAUGCGUCGCCCAAUAGCAUGUCGCCGUCUGCAGGAUCGACAGAACGAUUUUCGGGCAAUGGAAGCAACCAGGGCCAAGGUCGAGGACCUAGUGACGGAUCAGGAAGGAACUCGAAGGGACUUAUAUUUGAUUUGGAUCCAGCCAUCGACGUAUCAAUCUUCAAAACUUCAAACUCAGCCAAGGGAUCGACUGCUCCAAGUCCCAUCAACCCCAACUUUUCAACUUCGGGAUCUCCUGUCCAUGCACGACUUACGGACAAACAGCAGCAGUCGCCUAGAUCUGGAUCUGGUAUUUCGUCUGAGGAAGUAAAGGAAAUGCAGGCAACUAUUCAAGCAUUGACACAGCAUAACCAGCAACUGCAACAACAGCUCGCCUCUGUCAGCAAUAGCAGCGCAACGCCGCCUUCGGGGUCCUCGAGUGCAGUACAUACCACAGCAUCUUCAGGACUGUCAGCGCCAGGGCAGGAUCUGCAGCGCAAGUUCGAUUCAUUACAGCAUGCUCACGGCCAGGAAAAGAUGCGCAAUCUGACAUUGAGACGGAACCUGCGAGCGCUGUUCGGAUUCUUGCAGGUCCCCGUAGUGCUUCCUGGAGUAGAUCACACACAAAGCGUUCAGGAGUUCAGCGCCGAGAAACUGGACGAGUACGUGCAGGCACUAAGGGACGCUGUGGUUGGACCAGACGCUCCCACGUCCUCUGGCAUGCCUUCACGACCGACCGUUGACGCCAAACGGCGCAAUAUGGUCGUAGACAGGGUACUGAAGGAAAUGGACUUUUGAUCCGCAGAUUCCCCAACGUCAGGUGCGGCUUUUUGAUAGAGAUGAAAAUCCCUUUUUGCGGGAUCAAGUAUGCUGCC